UUCUCUGUGCAGCAGGGUAAAGCAAUGUGUCGGAGUUGCAAGGUUCCGGACGUGAUGCGGUGCCGGUAGUGAUAGAGCUGUCAUGUCGCUGCUGUGUGCGUUGGCUUGGCGGCUGUUUUACGCCAUGCUGUGUGCUCAUCGCGCGUUGCUCCUCUGGAUGCGUGUUUGGAACUGGAAGUUGUGGCGAGCGGCGGCAGCUCUGCUUGUGCCUGCUGGGGAGCUGGGGAAACGAGCUCAGGGCAAGCACCUGGAGCAACAGCAGUGCGAGUGCAGGGACAUUCAGCAGCCGCCGUGUGACUGCCGCUACCUGCGGCACCAGUGUGACUGCAAGUACAUUAAGUACUACAGUCAGCAGUGUGACUGCCAGGCUCAGUGCUGGAAGCGGGAUGGCUCCGCUUUGGAAAAGCUUCCAGUGCACGUAGGUCUGCUGAUCAACGAGGACAAGGAGAGCUACACUGAUGUUGCCAAUCUGGUGGUGUGGUGCAUGGCCAUGGGUAUCUCUUAUGUUAGCGUCUAUGAUAAUCAAGGUGUCUUCAAGCAAAAUAGUUCCAGACUUAUGGAUGAAGUGUCAAAUCAGCAGAGGGAACUUUUAGGCCAUGAAUUUUCUAAACAAGCACUAGAUUGUGCAAAUGGAAGUAUUGACAAGUCAGAGAAAGCAGUUCUUGCCCAUCUGCCAGUCCUGAAGGUUCUAUCUCCAGAGGAUGGGAAGGGGCAGAUUGUGAAAGUAGCUCAGAGCUUCUGUAAUUUAGUAGCUAAACAUCAGAAGAGACCAUCAGAUAUGGAUGUCAGCGUGUUAGACAAUUUAUUAAGAAGUACGCAAAGUUUCCCUGAUCCUGAUUUAAUACUGAAGUUUGGUUCUGUGGAUAGCACUUUGGGAUUUCUGCCAUGGCACAUCAGACUGUCAGAAAUCAUUUCAAUACCUUCACAUCUGAACAUCAGCUAUGAAGACUUUUAUUCAGCACUUCGUUGCUACGCAGGUUGUGAGCAGCGACUUGGAAAAUGACCUUUAUUGGCAGAACCGUUUCAGGUUCCCACCCAAAGGGACUCGGCACAUCUGUUCAUGAACAAAUUAUCUGUGACCCCACCAGGCAGGAUCUUGGGUCCUUCUCUCUGCAUUUAUCUACUGUAAUGUUUUGUUUACUUGCUUGUUAAUGUGACUGAACAUUACAUGGACUGAAAGUGUCAGAAGCCAAUAUGGAUAACAAGCAGAUCUGUAAAAUAAAUGUAAUAAUAAAUUAGGGAGGACAUUGGUAAUAUGGA